ACCGCCGUACGGCGAGCCGCUGGAGCCAGGAGGUGGAGGAGGAGGGGCUGUGGAGGUGGUGGAGGAGGAAGGCCCGCGGACGUGCAACAAGUUAAGAGGCCGCCGCCGCCGCUACCGUCGACAUCGCUGCCGCCGUCACGGUCUGCGCCACGAUGUGACAUGGAUAUCCUAGCCGUAGCCUGCGCCCUCGUCGCCACGGCCCUCUACUGCAACACCCUGCAAGCGGGUUUCGUCUACGAUGAUCGAAGAGCAAUCCUGACGAAUCCCGACCUGCUAUCCAGCACGCCGUGGUCCCGGCUGCUGGAGAACGACUUCUGGGGCACACCUCUCCACGAUCGAGGCUCCCACGGUAGCUACAGACCUCUCUGUGUAGCUACAUUUCGUCUGAAUCAUCUUCUCGGAGGUUUAGAACCGUGGGGUUAUCAUCUAGUGAACGUGGCCCUCCACGCUGCCUGUACCAUACUCGUGGUCAGGGUCGCCAGAAAGGUACUGCCGGGAAGAAACAACCUCGGCCACGCGAUCUCCGGCUUCCUGUUCGCUGCACAUCCGAUUCACAGCGAGGCGGUGGCCGGCGUAGUUGGCCGAGCUGAUCUUCUCGCUUGUCUGUUGACCUUGUCGGCGUUCCUGGCAUACAGUGCACACUGUGAACGCACCAGGUCGCCGUUCCCUCUGAUCUUGGCUCUGGUGUCGUCAACCCUGGCCACUCUCGCCAAGGAAACAGGAAUCUCCUCGCUAGCCCUGUGUCUCCUAUGGGAACUGUGUCGUGGAGAGUCCAGUCGAAAGGUGAAUUGCGGUCUGACCCGAACUCGUAGCAUCGGUAUAGUCUCCGGAAGUUUAGCUCUGCUAGCUCUAGGCAGGCUAAGGAUCACCGGUACCAGGCCAGAGUUCGCCAGCGCUGACAAUCCAACAGCGAGGCAUCCUUCACGCAUGACCCGCGGCCUGACCUUCUUCUAUCUACCCGCAGCCAGUGCGAAAAUGUUGAUCUGCCCGAGUACGCUGAGCUUCGACUGGUCCAUGGACUCCGUACCACGAAUCACCAGUCUUCUAGACUCGAGAAAUCUCGAGUCAGCCUGUCUGUACACCGCGCUGAUCGGAGCCUCGAUCUGGACAAUUCGAACGCUCCGACGACCGAUCAGAGAGUCGAACGUGCAUUUCGUACCGUAUCCUCGGUCCAUCUCGUCCAGGUGUCCAGUCUGCGCGGGCAGAAGGACCGGAGGGUGUCACACGGACGGCUGUCGCGCGGCUAACAACAAUAACAACGGGCCGAUGGGCGAUUGUCACUGCGCUAAAAGGCCUAACAGCGGAUCGACGGCGAACAACGGAUUCGUCAGCAGACAGGCGGCUGCCAGCGGCGUCGCUGCAUCGCUCGGUUUCCUCGUGCUUCCCUUCCUACCGGCUAGCAAUCUCUUCUUCUACGUGGGCUUCGUUAUAGCCGAGAGGAUCCUUUACUUACCGAGCGUUGGCGCGUGUCUGAUAGCCGGAGCCGCGAUCUCUGGCUCCUAUCGGAUAGCUAGAAGACACGGAUCGAGGAGGAGAGGCAGGGCAGUGCUGGUGGCCACUGCUCUCCUCGUCUGUUUAAUGUCGGCGAAGACGUUGUUGAGAAACGCAGACUGGUACGACGAGGAGAGCCUUUACAGGUCGGCGCUGCACGUGAAUCCGCCGAAAGCUUAUGGUAAUUUGGGCAGCGUGCUGAGCGCCCAGGGACGCGUCGCGGAGGCGGAGGAGGCGUUCGUCCAAGCGCUUCGCUAUCGACCGAACAUGGCGGACGUGCACUACAAUCUGGGAAUACUGCAGCAGGGCAGAAAGAAUUACGAGAAGGCGAUUCUGAGUUAUCAGCGGGCGAUCCAUUUCCGGCCUUCGUUAGCUCAGGCUUACGUGAAUCUGGGCGCAGCGCUCGCCUCGGUGGGACGCGGAACGGAAGCGGCUGUGGUUUUGCGGGCCGGAGCAUCCUUGGACGGGUCUGGUCUCAAGGACAAAAGGGCUCACGAUGCGGCCAGGGUACAGGCCCUCCUUCAAUUAGGCGCACUCUACGCCGAUCAGGGCAGGCUACAAAGGGCCCUGUCCGCGUACAGAGAGGCACUUCACACGCUACCGGAUCACUAUCCACCACAGAGCGUUUACAAUCUGCUGGGGGAAACUCUGUCGAGGUUGCAACAGUACGCGGAAGCGGAAAGGUGGUUCCAAGCGAGUCUGGCCAGCCAGCCUGACCACGUGCCGGCCCACAUCACUUACGGAAAACUUUUGGCCCGAAACUCGAGUCGCGUGCUGGAGGCAGAGAGGUGGUUCCUGAGGGCGCGUAGGCUAGCGCCGGAUGACUCGAGCGUGCACCAUCAUUACGGACUGUUCCUGACGUCGCAGGGUCGGCUCUCAGAGGCGGCGGAGGAGCAGCUCCGCGCUGCGGAACUUUCCAGAUCCGAUUACGAGCUGUCGAUGGCGGCGGCGUCCGCGUUACGCCAGGCGGACCGUUUGGAGGACGCGGAAGUGUGGUACAGGCACGCGGCCAGCCUGAGGCCACACGAGGCGCGUAGUCACACGAACCUCGGAGCGAUCCUUCACCUGAACGGCAAAUACAAGCAGGCGGCAGCCGCGUACAGCGAGGCGUUGAGGCUGCAACCAGGUGACGCGACCACCAUCAUGAACCUGCACAAAUUGGCGGCAAUCCUCGCGUGACCACGUCACCAAGUCACCAGGGACAGCAUCGAGAGAGAGGAGAGUGUGUACGAUACGACCCCAGGAAGAACCCUCUACCGAAUCGCCGUAUUUCCUCG